UCCCUGUGUCAUUUCUAGAAAUGAAAGCUCGUCCAUUUGUAGCAGUUUCUGGAUGUUUUCUGACUUAUCUUGGUCUUGGUGUAAUACAUCUGUUUGGAAACAUCAAUCCUUACAUAACGUCUUACCUCAGAAAAAGAGUUGACAAUAACACAACAUAUGAACAGACUGCCUGGCUUAUCUACACAACUGAAUCUGUAGGUUCACUGUUCUUCUGUGGAGUUUGGCUGGCUGAUCGGAUUGGGCAUCGGUCUAGCAUCCUGAUUGGUACUGUUAUUUUCAGUUUUGGAACGGCAGCGACGUAUUGGACUAUACAACACAGUUUGGAAGCUACGAUUGCCACCUUAGGAGUGGUUGUUAAUGUUGGAUUUGACUGUUGUUAUGGCUUUCCAUUAGCUACAGCAAUGAUGUGGUUCCCCAACAAUAAGGGUCUCAUGGCUGGAAUAGUGUCUGCAGGGAUGGCUCUCACUCCAGUUCUAAUGAAUAGCUUGCAUACAUUCUUUGUGAACCCUAAUAACCUUCAAACUGAUGCUGAUGGAUAUUUCUAUGACCCUGGAAUUUUGGAUCGUGUCCCUACCUUGUUCCUGAUAAUAGGAGGUAUACAAGGGGGUAUUUUACUUAUUGGAGUACUUCUGUACCAAGAACCUCCAUCAGAGAUAAAUGAGGGGAAAGAAGUUGAAAGGUCUUCUGCAUCAGCACAAAGAGAAUCGGACUGUGAAGACAAGACGUGUAUAUUAGCCUUUCAAGAAGACUCAACCAAUCAGAAAGUAGAAGAAACACAACCAUCAUUUUCAAGAAAAGUUGGUGUGGUACCAAAAGAAGCUUUGAGAAUGAAAGAAUUUUAUAUUCUAUUGAUAAUGUGCGUUGGUUCGUUACAUUCAUCACUGUUUGUGAAUAAUUUUUAUAAGACGUAUGGACAAACAUUUAUAAAUGAUGACACCUUUCUAGCUGGAACGGGAUCUGCAUCUGGAGUUGUCCACGCUGUCCUUAGGGUGGUUAUGGGCCUAGUGCUGGACAAAAUAUCUUUCAAGUUAACAAGCCUGAUUUUGACGGGGUUGAAGACAGUGCUGCUAUUUACGCUGGUAGCGACAUCUUACGGUGGAAAAGUGAUGUUUGUAAUCUGGAUUUGUGGAAUAUUUGCUGCGUUUCCUGUUGAGUUUGUGUGCAUUCCUGCCGCUAUUGCUGAAGUGUUUGGGAAGAAACACACAGCUAUGAUUUAUGGAAUGAUCUACUUUGUAGCAGGUACUUCUAUUAUUAUCUGGCCUCCGAUGUUUCAAGUAAUUAUUCCGUACUUCGGAUGGUUUGGAACAUUUUGUUUGAUUGGGAGUAUUUCGUUUAUUGGUUUUCUUGCGACAAUGUUUUUUCCUGAAAAACAUCACACACAACCAACAAAGCUGACAGUUUGUAAUGAAGAAAAAGAAAAAGUCUUUUACGGGACUGUUGUAUUACGGAAAUGAACCAAUCAUUGUCCGUAUCACUUCAUUAUUUACAGUCCAUACUUCUGAUUGGAUACAGAAGAUGUAUUUAAAUAAAGAAGAUUAACUCUUAUGUUUUCCUUUUCUCCAUAAAGUAUGCUUAACUGUUUUCAUGGUAAGGUGUGUUUUACUGUUGAUCCUGUUUGUUGUAGUUAUGGAAAAUAAGCUGAGUUGUUGUCGAAAAGCUUUAUUAUAAACUUUUAAAAACUGUUACUACACUAGAAUUA